UUCUUUUGUGUGUGUGGGUUACAAUCAUAUGACGAUAGUGACAAAAACGCCUUGCAUAUAAAGCGGUCUUAGCCAAUACGCUCACAGUUCGGCAUUCGUUCCUCAGCUCUGCAGCGCAAGAAGGCAUCAGCAACAUGACGACCCUCAGAUGGACAGUGGCAGCUGUCUUGCUUGUCUUCGCAGCGUUCGCCGUCCAACCCGACGCGGAGGCGACGCCAUUAGGCGAUAUCGGUCAGCUCGACAAGAUACUGCAAAUAAUCCAGGCUGGAGGGGUAAAUGCCACCGGCAGCUUCCAUUUCCUCAACUACGACAUUCAGGUGCAGUUCGUAAUAACCUUCCUAAGCAUCAAAAGCAUCGACAUCCGACACGCCACGGUCCAAGACAUCUACGACGCCAUUUUGAUAUACAUUCGUCUGUAUGUCACAGUAGAUCGUGGCAACGGAGAUGUUCCUGAAUGCGACGUCAUAACAGUGCAGUUUAUUUUGCAAUUCUUGGAGGUUCAAGAAGCUAAUCGAAACGGGAAUUUCUACUUCUACGGUUAUCUAAUUCAGACACAGUUCAUCAUAGAAAUUGUCAAGAUACAAAAUUCGAGCGUCGAGGCAUUGACGAUAUCCGAGCUGUACUACAUAUUGGUGGUCUACAUAGGACAUGAAAUUGACACCAGCGGUAAUGAACCACGGCCCUGUGAGGUCGAAAUCGAAAGCUUGAAAAUUGUACGGGAGGAACUGAAGGUGCAAGGCUGCAAUGCCAGUGGGGCCAUCGUAAUUGAAGAUCAUCUUAUAUUAUUCGAGUACAUCGUGAGCGUUCUACACAUACGAAACACGUCCGUCAACAGCGUCACUACUGAGGAAUUAUGGGUAAUAAUACAGCUAGCCAUUGAGUUCCAAAAUCAAAGCAACUGCUCCGAGACGCUCGACCAAAAGAUACUGUCCUUCUUCCUCAACGUUACAUCAGAUACUGAAGUUAUUGACAGUUCUGUUCUUGUAGUGAACGGGACCCGGAUAACUAUUAAGUGUAUAAUUACUGAACUGGACCUGAAAAUUGACAGCUCUGGAAAGUACGACACUUCUGGAGUCACUGCUGAAAUUCUGAUUCAAGCAAUUUUUGAGAUUGAAACCCGCUCCAAAGGGCCAACUACGACCACUUAAAUAUCUGACUGAACGUAAGCGGUUCUGUUCUGAAACUUCAUGACGUAUCUAAGUCUUUUUCAUGCGCUUAGCGAUGAAAGAACCACGGAGAAACAAAUUUAACCUUAAGUAUCGAGUAACACGGAUGUAUACUUUUUGCAAUAACACACAGAAUUGUUACUGUAAUGAGCUUGGAUGCAAUUCAUAUCCAGUGCAACGUUAAAAAAAACCUAUUUGUUCUUGGUUCACUAACCAAAUAAAUUAAUCGUAUUGCUUUCACCCAACUGAGCUACGACAAACAAAGAUUUCUUACCUUCUUAUUCGGUUUCGUGUUAUUGUUUGUUUUGUUUUGAUUUUUGUUUUCAUUCUUGGAUGUAUCUGCUCAACUGACAACGCUCCUCCGUAUUUGGAUGCUCGUAACAUUCCACUAAGCUCUGCUCACAUUUUUGGAUAUAAGAACUAAUGUUCAGCAUCGAUUUUCAGUUGUUUCACUUUACACCUCGCCCAUAAAUUUAAAAGCCAUCAAAUUCUCCCGGAAGGAAGUUUCUACAAAAUCUUAACACCGCUAUUCUUGGUGUGUUGCUGAGACGUCUCCAUGAAAAUAACGUCACAGUCGUCAUGAAAUGUUACUCAAACUGUGGAGCGCAAAAUAUCAACGGUAUACACACAGAUCGAGACGAGGUUCGAACGGGUGGCAUCAGCGAAAAGUACGAAAUAUCUCGACAGAGGCAAGUAGACGCCUUCUGAUGGACAGGGGGUCUGUUCGCCUGUCGCCGCGACGCAACCAAUCGAUCUGAUUGGCUGCGAGAUCGCGCCUGUUUAAAAUAAUAUUCAUACGCGCGUACACGUGCACUGGAAAAUUAUAAACAGAACCGACACUUCGACUUGUGUCCCGUCGCAGAAAAAUCAAAACAUUUCAUGACGUUGUCAUUAGCAAUUAAUAUUGAUGACUGUACAAAUGGUUGAAUCCCGAUGUUAAGAACUCUUUCUUCCGACGUCUGAAACGGCUGUUUGCAACUUAAAACUCCAAGAUUAAUCAACCUCCCAAUAAACAGUAUCGUCGUUAAACACUGGAAGCCAUGCAUCUGAAAGAGGGGGCGUGUCCCACCGGCUACACCAAUUAAAUCAUUUCACGUUAAUUAAAGUUUUAUUGUAAUGUUUAUGUAACAAAGGCGCACAUCGGUGAUAUGUAAACUGGUUGAAAUAAAGUACACUUAGUAAACAUCAA